AUGCAAACCGUGAUACUAGCAGCGAUGCUCACUCUGGCUCUAGCUACCGCUGUAACAGCUACGCCAAGACCCGUUCUUAAUGUUCAGCCUGCCAUCAACAUGCUUUCUGCUCCCAUUCGGCUCAUUGCCUGGGAAAAGCUUAACUGUAUUGGAGAUUUUGGUGUCACGGAAUUCACCGACUCGGUCCUGGCACGUAAUAUCUCCAACGCAAUUGUUUCCCGCAGUUUUCGACUCAAUCGUACAUUGAUACAGCAGGAGCAGCUGGAUAUAUCCAUUACGGAUAACGUCACCUCUUGGUUCUCGAACAAGGACCAAUUGUCUUAUGAAAGCUCGUCCUGUAGCAAUUUUUGGCAGACCUAUUACGCUGUGAAUGGAACCACCUCAUGUUAUAACACGCCCCCGUUUACCUGUCACCGGUUGUGGAACAACCCAGGAUUGCCCACGAAAUAG